AUGGCAUGCUUUUUCAGCAGUGGCCACUCCGAGGGCCAUUUGGGCCUGGCCAAAAAGCUGGGAUGGCAGGCUGCGCAACUGUGUGAGAUGGCGAAUCUGGGCCUCCCGGUGCCUCCGGGCUUCUGCUUGAAGCCAGGCCCAGAACCUUGGUCAAGCGCAAAGAUGGCUUUGAACCAGGUGGAGACCGUCAUGCAGCAGGAGCUGGGAAAUCGGGAAGCUCCAUUGCUGCUCUCGGUGCGAAAUUCCGACUGUGAGGUCUCCAGCAUUGGGCUAAGCGACGAGAUUGCCGAGCAACUUGCAUCCCGCCAGAACCCGAACUGCGUCUGGGACUCCUAUCGACGACUCAUUGUGUCCUAUGCCCAAGUGGUCCACAAUCUUGACGCCGCACCUUUUGAGCAAGAGCUCGAACGGGAGACCUACAAAGACAUCUACCAACAGCAGACCGGUGAUGCAUUUCCACAAGAUCCGAGCGUCCAACUGCAGAAGGCUUUUUGCUGUCUUAUGGUGCUCAUGGUUCAGUUCAUGGUUGCAGAUGAUCAUGCUCGACACUGCCCUAACGAUGCCACAGUUGUUACCGAGAUGAACAAGAGAGGGGGAUCCAACAUUUGCCCGGAAAAGGCCAUGGAGGCAGUUCAUGGCGUGCAAGCAGAUCCCGCAGAGUCUGGCGCAGCGAUCGUUCAAGCCAUGGUCUUUGGGAACUACGACUUUCGGCGUUCCACAGGUUCAAAGUUCACGGACUUCCAGUCUGGAGCUGGGAAGCUCAUGCUCCAGAAUGCAGAUGGUACUCCUUGCGACUUCUCGGGCACCUGGCUUCCAAAGGCCCAGCGUGAGGAUAUAUCCGCGAAGAAGCGCCCAGAUCAGCAGCUGACGCUGCAGGACUUCUCGAUUGUGAAUGAGAAUCAGCAGAUGUUAAACGAAAUUUGGGACCGGAGGCCUUAG